AUGAAUGAUUUUCUGGACAGGGUGUGCGAGCAGUGUGACAAGGAAGACUCGAGCCUUUACUGUUGUGAAUGUGAACUUAACUACUGCGAAUCGUGCAGUACACGAUUUCAUUCAAAGGUUGGUGACUUCGUGCCAAUAUAUUGGAGUGAGUCAAUGCCAUAUUUAUCAAGCAAUUUAAUUGGCACACUUUUUACACUUUGUUGUGUAGGGUAAUUUAAAGACCCACAAGAUAAGAAGGGCAACCUUCGAGGCUGUCAAUUUCCCGUUUGUAAUCUAAAAUGACUGAAAAUUGCAAAUUUCACAAGGCUAUAUUUUCCGCAUUUUACAACAUUUUGCAACGAAACUUUGGAAUAUUACUAAUUUUGUGAUGCUCCUUCAAGCUGUGAUGAAAUUUUUGUCUAGACUUGUUUAGUUCAAAAUUUAGUCUAUUACGCAAAUGGUCAAUUGGAGGAGAAAGUGAUGAAGAUUUUCGGAAACAAUUUACCGCAGAGCGAUCGAGACAAUUUGAUAUCUGUGAAGCAACAGAAAACCUAAUGAAUGUGAAGGUGCCUAGUUUGUCUGAAAGAUAUCGCAUUUACACAGAUGAAAAUUACUCAGUGAAACCAAAAGACGGUAGGAUUUUAAACCACGCCAUAGAAGAACACACUCGGUUGCUCAAAAAAGUGGAAGAAAAAUUAGAACAAGUAAAAAACCAUGAUACGGAGAAGGAAACGAGUUCCAACAUGCUUUCAACACAAGUCAGAUCCAAAGCCUGGAAAACUUAA